CGGCGACGGCGGGUCCAACGUCGGCCGCAACGUGUCGAACGUGCACACGGGCAAGACGGUGUUCAGCGCCGGCGGCCGCUCGGUGGUGACGAGCCGCGCCCGGGCGCCGCCGGCGGGCCUCGCCCGGGCGCCGUCGGCGCCGCUGCUGCCGCCGGUCGGCCGGCCCCAGCCCCGGCCGCGCCGCUGCCACACCGACGUGGAUGACGCCGACUACCAGUGCAUGCUGGUGAUGGUGGAGCACUCGGCCGCCGAGCUGGAUCCGGAGCCGGAGGAGAAGCAGGAGGAGCCGGAGCAGCCGGAGCAGGAGACACUGCCGAAGGAGCCGCAGCACCAGCCGACACUGGCACAGGAGCAGCAGCAGCAGCAACAGCAGCCGCCAGCGCAAGAGCAGCAACAGCCGCAGCGGCAGUCAAGCUUUGAUCAGCUGCUGCAUCAGCUUUCCCAGCGGCCGCAGCCGCACGCAGCACAGGAGCAGCCGCAGCUGCAGCAACAGCCGCAGUCCAGCCCGGAGCAGACGCAGCAGCGGUCUCAAGCCGCCGUCGACGAACCGGAACCGGAGACGGCGGCCGCCGAGACGGACGACGACUACGUGACGGUGAACGGGCGCCGGUUCAGCCUCUCGGAGGACGACUUCUCCGACAUCGUCAUCAUCCCGUCCCCGGACGGCUCGGAGCGCUUCGAGAUGGUCGAGGAGGAGGACGAGGAGGAGGAAGAGGAAGAGGAGCAGGGCGGACUGCUGGAUUCGGUGCGGGAGGCUCGCUGCGACGGACAGGUGACGCCGGUCGCGCCGGCCGGCGACGCGCUGGUGGCUUCGGCGCUGUCCGACAAAUGGUGUGACGCGGCCGUCUCGCUCGAGGCCUCCUCGGAGCUGGACGCCCGCAGCUGGGUGGCCGCCGAGCUGCCGGAGGACGCCGACGCGCGCCGUGACUCGAGCCCGCAGCGCUCACACUGUGAGAGCGCGCCGGCCGCCUGCCCGCUGGAGCUGAGCGCGCCGGCCGCGCUGCCCGCCCUCCUGCCAGAGUGGGUGCUCAACCUGCUGCGCUACCAACACGAGCGGGGCUCGCAGGAGGCGGUGCCGACGGAGGCCGAGGCCAUGAUCAUCUCGCGCCUCGUGGACAUGGGCUUCUCGGAUAUCGUCCAGAUCCGCGCCCUGUACUGCCAGUACGGCGACGACUGCAACGCCAUCGCCUCCCACCUGCUGGACCGCUCCGUGUAG